CCUUAAAAUUGCAACAGACAACAACAACUUCAAUCUCAUCAUCACCGAAGAAACCCAAUUUCGGAAACUCAAAUGGACCCAUCUUUUUCUCAGUGGAUCCGACCAUUGGUUGCUGUCACUGUUGGUUCCUUAAUCGCAUUCAGAGCUCAUAGGAAAAAUUCCCUCAGCACUUCUGGUGCAAUUGCUGGUUUCUUCGUUAUGUCUCUUCAUGUUUUUGUUGGAUUUAGGUUUGCGGCUAUGAUAUUUGCUUUCUUUUUCACUUCGUCUGCACUCACAAAGAAGGGACAAGAUACGAAGCGGUUGAUUGAUCCUGAGUUUAAACAAGGUGGACAAAGAAACUGGAUACAAGUUCUGGCCAAUAGUGGCAUUGCCUCUGUUCUGAUUGUAGCUUUAUGGGUACUAACAGAAGGGAAGGAUCAGUGCAUGAACUCUAAAGACUCGGCUCUGAUUACCGCUCUCAUUGGUGGUGUUAUUGGCCAUUAUUGCUGCUGCAAUGGAGACACAUGGUCUUCAGAGCUUGGAGUUCUCAGCAAUGAUCGGCCUCGUCUAAUCACAACCUUCAAGCCUGUGAGGAAGGGUACAAAUGGCGGUGUAACAAAAACAGGACUUUUAGCAGCUGCAGCUGGUGGAAGUGUCAUUGGAGUGUCGUAUGUUCUUCUAGAACUUUUGACAAUCAGGUGUGGGUCUGAUAGAGUUCUCAAGCAACUAUUGGUCAUACCCCUCACUACCGUGGCAGGACUAUGUGGAAGUAUCAUUGACUCUCUAUUGGGCGCAACAUUGCAAUUUAGUGGAUUCUGCUCUAUUCGCCAGAAGGUUGUUGGAAAUCCAGGAACAACCGUUAAAAGGAUUUCAGGUCUCAGUAUUCUUGACAACAAUGCAGUGAACUUUGUGUCAAUACUACUGACCACAAUUUUAACUUCAAUCGCUUGUUUGUACAUAUUUUAAUUUCUUCGCAAGAGCAGUUGAAGAAUUCAAAAUUUGUAAUCGGAUGAUAGAACAGGGCAAACUCCUAUCAAGGAAGUCUUUGAAAGGAGGAAGCCAAAUAAAAGGGCAGAAUAGGGCCCUUGUGAUUUAAUUCUUGUAUCCAUAUCUGGUUCUAGUUC